CUGCGUUCCAAUAGCCGGAAGUGUACGUCCGGAAGCUGUUCCCGGGGUACCUUGCAACGCUGGAGCCGCCUGGACCGUUUGGCUGAUGCUGCGGAAGCUUAUUGUACCUUUGAUAUAUGGCUUUAAGCUUCCAGAACCUGUUCUGCUCUGGGUCUGAAGAUUUUGAUGAUGAGGAUUUCCUGUCUGUACUAGAGGGUACAGAGUCCAGUCAUGGUAACCAUGAAACCACAUCUGUCUGUCUCAGGCCUAUCCCUACUGAAGACACCGGGGCAGGAAAGAGUCUACAGCCCUUACCAGUGCAGAAAGCGGCUAAUGCUGAGAGAAGCUCUCCAGAGACACGAAGCGUCCCCUCCUCAGUCCAGGACGUGGAUGAUGAGGAACUAUUGUCUCUGUGUAGUCAGCUGGAGGCAGAGGUGUCUAGCGAUCAAUGUCGAGCUCCAGGACCUCAUCUGCUCCUCAGAACAGUUAACCAGACUGUAAAAACCCCAAGUAGUUCCUCAUUACAAUUGCGUCCGUCUCGAAGAAGUCAUGAUGCGGGACCCAGUCACUGUCUGAGUGGCAUCACUGGACAGUCACAGCAUCCACAUUUCAGUGCCAACCAUCCCACAAAUCACAGUUCUCAUCUAAGUGGUGGAGGACAAGGACUAUGUCAGUCUCCAGGACCCACCGCUAAAAGGCCAUGUUUAAGGCCUGGUGUGGAACCUCAGCCUGUUACCCCCGUGAGGAGUGGAACCUUUACUAACCCUUCAAAUUUUGUGUCUCCACGUUCCAUUAUGUCACCCAGUGCAUCAGGCUCAGCAAACGUUUGGCAGACUGGACCAGCCAACUCUCACCCCGUUCCCAGAACUCCCCUCUCAUCGCCUCGCCCACAUCCACCCAGUACGCUGCAGACACCAGUGGUCACCAAUCAUCUUCUACAGCUAAUGACAGCUGCUAAUAAGACCCCCAAGAAUUUGCCAUGGGAGACGCCUCCACCCAAAGAGAGGAAAUUUCCGGGGCCAGCUGGACUCCUUCCACAGCAGGGCAGUGGCAGGCGGCUGGAUGAAAUUCUGGUGUCCACUCCUCACACCCCGAGCCAUGGGGCACGUGCUAAGGUGAAUAGUAAGGAAGGGGUAUCCGCACAGCAGCCAGCAGAAGACCAGUUUAUCAAGGGUCCGUGGGCUACUAUGAAAGCUGAGCUAUCCUUGGAUGAAAACGACCCCACCUGCUUCCUCCGAACGUACAGCGUAGUGAUGGUACUGCGCAAGGCAGCCCUGAAGCAGCUACCGAAGAACAAAGUCCCAAGAAUGGCAGUGGCUCUUAAGACAUUAACCCCUGCUAAUGGAGAUGCCAGUGCAGUGUUCAGAGACCCAACAGGAGAUAUUCAGGGCACUGUCCACCAUCUGCUACUAGAGGAGCGAGAGAGUGAACUGAAGAUUGGUAGUGUCCUCUUGCUGCAGCAGGUCGGCGUGUUCUCACCAUCACAUCGCAAUCAUUAUCUUAAUGUGACGCCAAGCAACUUGGUAAAAAUCUACGCCCCUCAUGAAGAUGGUGUGAAAACAGGGGUGCCCAUGCCGCAUGAUGAGGUGGAUUUGAACAGCAACCAGACCCGGGCACCACUCGUUCCCUCGUCCGGCACAAAUCAGCCCAGUGCUGCACAAACAUCUCCUACUCCUUUGUCCAGCACAUCACAGGCCAGAGCCUCCCAGGCACCUGUAACUCACCUUCCAGGAUCACAUACACCUUCCAACACUACACGGUUAAGAAGUGCCCAACCACCAUCUUUUCGUCUGUCGUUCAGCGCAGAGAAGUCAGAAAGCCCGCAGCCAGACUGGGAUUUGGAUGACCUUGACUCGAUGCUUUGUGACCUACCAGAAGACUAACGUGUGUCGAAUCGCAGAGUUAAGAGAAGACUUCACUAGUAUUUCAGCAGUGGCUUCUGGGACUUGUAAAUGUAUAAAACUAUGAAAGAAAUAUACUAUGCUUAAAAAGUGCUUCGGAAUAUAAUGUGCAUCAGACCUUGCCUAAUGAGGCUCAAUUUACAUAGACCUUCAAUGUACUUUUUCAUCAUCAUAUAUUGCGACUGAGGAGGCAGAGCUACAGAUAGCAGCACAAUGUGACAGCCCCUCUGCUCUCCCCAGUUACAUAUAGCUGCAUUCUGCUGUGGGGACUUCACGGCCUUUCCUUCUGCUUGUGGUUCGAGUAAGGCCUCAUGCACACGACCGUGUAAAAAAAUAAAUAGAAUAUGUGGAUCAGGUGCGGACCCUUUCUUUUUAGUGGAACCGCAAAAAAUGCAGGCUGUACACAGUGCGCCAUCCGCAUACCUUU